GUGGUGUGUGUGCGUGUGUGAGUCUCUCUGUUCAGUGUCUGCGCUGCAGCUCGCCAAGGACAGUCGCCGCUCACCUGACCGGCCUGAUAACCUGAACCGAGACCAAGAUUUUCUCCUCUGAAAAGUAACCUCCUACUAACUCCAACGGUGUCGGAGCGGAACACGCGUCCCGACGAGCCCUCUCAUCCGUCCGCUCCAUGGCCGCCGUUGCCCCCCACCCUCUUCCCCUGGGAGGUAACCUUCAAAGGCUAUGCUCAACGCAGUGGAUCACCAGAGUGAUGGAGAUGGACAGAAUCAAAGGACAGGCUCCCUUCAUUGUGACUAGAUGAAGGGACACCUACCUUCUUCCGGCAGCGGGGGGACACACGCUGCAGCAUUUUGAUGUUCUUCACAUGAAACUGAUGCACCUAGAAGGAAACAACUGACUGAUCAUAUCACCUUGUGUACUGUACUCCCUCAGCAUAGAGAUCAUAUGCUGACAGUUUAUCCUUGUGAUGCUUGUUAUGAGUAGCCCAUCCUCAACCAAUGAGCCUGAGAGUUGCAGCAGUGAGGGGAGCAGCUUCACCACUUCCUCCGUCACUACCUCGGACCCAUCCUCCAUGUCCGGACUCUCUCGGUCCCCCUUGCCUUCCCUCAGCGACGCCCCGGACACCUCCAAGCAUGAAGCUCCGCCACCUCCUCCUCUCCCUCCGCCACCUCCCGGGGCACCCCCGCUGCCUCCGCCCCCGGGAAACAACCACAACCAGAGGAAAAAGCGCCGCGUCCGCAGCUUCUUCUGGAAGCCGAUCCCCGAGGAGAAGGUGCGCGGGAAGCCGAACAUCUGGACAAUGGCGGUGCGGCAGCAGCAGUACCAGAUCGAUGUCCGCUCUGUGGAGGAGCUGUUCGGGCAGCAGGACGACGCGUCAGGCGUACGCGGGUCAACGCCGGCAACUGGGGCCGCGGCUCGUGUAGCACGAUCCCGCUCAUUCAAGGAGAGCAGCAAGGAUGAGAUCAGCAUCCUUGACUCAAAGAGAGGCAUGAACGUCGGUAUUUUCCUGAAGCAGUUUAAGAAGUCCAACCGCUCCAUUGUUGAAGACAUACGACGAGGAGAAGGGAAGAUUUACGGAGCAGAGCUGCUCAAAGACCUGCUGAAACUCCUGCCUGACGCGGAGGAGAUCAAGAAGCUACGGGCGUUUAAGGGAGAUCCAGACAAGCUGACACUGGUUGAUUCCUUUAUGUACUUCUUGAUCCGGGUGCCUCGGUUCGAGGUUCGUAUCGAGGCCAUGGUCCUCAGUGAGGAGUUCUUCUCUUGCUGUGCUGUGAUGGGCCACGAGAUCGAUGUCGUCCGCGUCGCCACGAAAGAGCUGAUGACCUGUGAGGAGCUUCAUGCCAUCCUGCAUCUGGUGCUGCAGGCCGGGAACAUCAUGAACGCUGGUGGUUAUGCAGGAAACGCUGUUGGAUUCAAGCUGUCAUCCCUCCUCUCAUUGGCUGACACCAAGGCCAACAAACCGGGCAUGAACCUGCUGCACUUUGUGGCCAUGGAGGCAAAGAAGAAAGACGAGAAGCUGCUCAAGUUUCCAGAGAAGCUUCAGGAUGUCCAGAGUGCAGCCAGAAUUUCAGUGGAGAACAUCGAGACAGAGUUUUCCUCUUUGUAUGUCCGAAUCAAAUCCCUGGAGGAGAAGGUUCAAGGAGACCAGGAGCUACUGCAGCAGCUGGAGCCUUUUCUGCAGAGUGCGGCACAGACGCUUCAGGACUUAAAGAGGCGCAGGCUGGAUCUGCGUAAAGAGGGGAGCACUCUCAUCGACUUCUUUUGCGAAGACAAGGACACCUUCAAGCUGGACGAGUGCUUCAGGAUCUUCCAGGACUUCUGUAUCAAGUUCAAGAAAGCUGUCAAGGACAACACGGACCGAGAGUUGAAGGAGGCAGCCAGGCAGCGUCGUCUGAGAGAGCUGGAGGAAAAGCGGUUUGCGUGGUCAGGCACGGAUCAGAGCAGCGUGUUCGGACGCAGCAGCAGUGAGAACGACGUGGAGAUGCUCACCAAGGAGGGCCUUCUGGACUUCUUCCAGCAGAGGGCCCAGAGUCCCCACAGCCCGCUGUCCCGGUCUGCCAGCGCCCGCCGCCAUCGUCACACCAUGACCUCCAUUGCAGAUCGUGAACUCCAGGGAUACCUGGAGCUGUUUGGAAGCACUGGAAGCCCCACAGACUAUUCAAAGUUUAACAGCCUACCUCGGUCGGGCCGCCCUCUCCAGCGAAGGAUGACACCCUGGAUUUUAACCCAGGACAACAGCCGUGAGCUGGGCAGUGACAGACAAGUGACGUCUCCUCAUGCUGAAACUGAACCUAUCAGCCCACUAGCCAGGUUUUCCUCCUCUGGGAAAAAUGUUAAUGAAGACCCAUAUAACAACAACAACAAUAAUUACUCAUCUGUGUCAGAGAGCAGUGUCCUGCCUCGUCCCUUUUGUGUCUUUCAGAAGCCUUCCCUUCCCAACCCAACAAUUACCGGCCAAAUGAAUGUUAGUGUGGAGAAGCAUACUUUAGUUCGAGGUCCGCAAGCUUUUGACCUACCUAGUCCGAACAAUAACAGUAAUCAUAUGCACUUUGUCAACCAGGGAGACGUUGUGGUGACCGAUGUGGAGAAAGAGAGACGGUCGCCUCCCAAGACUCUAGAAAACCUUCUACAUGAUGACUUUUUAGAGAGAGGGGCAGAAACUAAGGCUACAUGGGAAGGUAAAAUGGAUCUUCUGGCCCAGGCAGGGCACUCCCCUGAGAGGGAGAAAGACGAAGACUGCAGCACAGUUUCAUCAACAACCUGUGAUACUCCCCUGCCCCUGGACACCUCAGUAUCCAACAAGAAGCCAGUGUUGUACAUACUAGACUGCACAGAAACCGACUGCUCCGUCACCUUGGAUUACUCGGAGGUCGAGAGUUCAUCUUUACCGAAAGAAGGUCUUUGUUCCAGAACGACAGACAGUAGCAAAGAUCAGGAGAGCCAGCAAGAUCCAAGCUCCUUGUCCUCUAAUUUAGGGUCCAUGUCUCCCAACGACCAAUCCGUCUCUACCAAUGAGCUCUUGCCGCCGAAAUCUGUGGACGCGGCGUCCAUGACUCCCUCUGCUACCACGGAAGAGUGGGACACGGAGAGCUGCGACACGGCCGAAGGGAAACAGGGUGUGGACAAAGAUGCGCAGAAAAACGGUAGAAAAGUGGUGCACGCAAAGAGCAAAGCUAACAAAGCAACCAAGGGUGUUGGAGGUCGUGCUGUGCGGAUGCUGACCAGCAGUGAGAGCCAGGGCAUGCGGAAAGUUGUGCCCAUUUCUAAGCUCACUAGGACAAGUAGCAGCAAGCGGGUAGAAAGGACUACGGUGCACGAGAGUGCAGAGACACGGCGGCCUCUCCGUGACCAGAGCACUCCGGCGAGAGGCAGGAGCGAGAAGGCAACAAGACCUCCUCGACACUCCAGUUUGCCUCCUGACGAGUCAAAAACCCAGAAAGGAGGUGGCCUCGCGGGGAGCAUUUCUAGAUGGGCGCGUGAUUCGAUGCCGAGGAAGGCCUCCAUCCACAAGCCGAGCGCCAAACCCCUGAGGAACAUCCCCAAGGCGCCGCCCGAGGAGAAGAUGUGUCGCUCCACCCUGAGAGCCCUUGCCCAGGCCCAGGCCCAGGCCCAAGCUCAGGCCCAAGCUCAGACUCAAGGUGGAGCUUCCUCCGAGAACAGCAGCUCGCAAACGCACACUGCGAAAAACACCUCCGGCGUCCCCAGCUUUGCUCGCAAUACCGUAGCUUCGUCUUCCAGGACAAAGAAGGAGCUGGCCACCCCGUCCGUCCCCUCCACUCCAUCCCGAAGCCCCUCUCUCGCGGCCAGACAGAGCGCUGGGAAGCAGAACCGGGUGUCGCCCACGGUUCACACCGGCGAGGAGCAGCCGCAGGGGACAAGCCUGCGACGGGUGCAGAGCGUGAAGGCGGCCAGUCGCAGCGCCCACCGCAGCGAGACCCCACCUCCGUCUGCAACGCGCGAGGAAUUUCGCAAGAAUAGCAGCUUUUCUGAAAAGUCUAGAGACUUAGUGGCUUCUGGCAGGAGCACGAAGCCAAGCUGGAAGUAAAACCAGAGGAAACAGGAAAGACUGCACAAACAAGAAAACUGUUCUCCUGCGUUACAUGUAAAUUCAGAUCUUCUAAUUUUUCCCACCUACAGUGAAGAUAUAAUCAUAUAUCAUUUAUCAUGCAAAAUCCAAGAACCUGGAAAGCGCAUUAAGCUGUGUCAUCCAGUAGGUGACUUUGUAUUGGGUUUACGAAUUUCAAAGAGCAAGAUGCAAUGAACUUCUUCUCCACAUGUUCCUGUUUUGUUUGUUCAAAAAAAAAAAAAAAUCCACUAUUCACGACUUUUUUUCUAAAGGGUAGGGUUGCAUUAACUAAGCUGACAAAUGGCAAAUUGAUGUUUUUACACAGACUCCUUUUUGCCUGCUUAUCGGUCUGUGUACCGAAUGUGCUAGUGUCUGUGAUGAUGUCGAUGUCGAGCACCGCUGACUAUGUAAUGCUGCUAAUUAGCUCUGACAAUUUGAGACUGAAGUUCAGUGUCUGUUUCAUUCAGGGUUACAAGAUUUGUUGUAUCUUGCCUUGCUGCUGUUACAGUGUCUUUUGUUUUCGCUGCUUCCUCCUCUCGCCUUCACGUCUGCUUCACGGUUUCUUUGCCUGAUACCUCAGAAAUGAUCGCAGUGGCCUUGUACCAGCAGAAGCAGUAGAGACGUUUAUGUGGUUCUGCAUGACGAAGACGCAGGCAAAAUCUGGUCAGUUUUAAAAUAACUGCAAUGUCACUUUUUAUAAAUUCCUGAUAUAUCAAUGUUACUACAACAUAUAAAGUUAGAUAUUACGCCUGUGUAUACCAAACUGUGGUACCUCUGGUACCUAGUCGAUGUAUGUGUCAGUAGUCUGUAAAUGUAUGUGUUAGAACUCCUCCAUAAUAUCGUGGAGUAGAAGCGCACGUAGGAAAUGUUUCCUGUUUAGGCUAAUACACGAUAAAACGCUGUGAAAGAAAAGCUUUGAAACAGCACUGAAAUAUCACCAGUCAUGUAAUUAAUUAUUCUGACACUCCAAUCUCAUUUUUCUACUGUGAAGGAUGUCAUCUCAUCACACUCUAAAUCCUGCACCUUUAUCGACGUGAUUAGCUGUUAUCCUAAACAGUCUUAGCCUAGAUCCACUUUUCUACUCGCAUGUGUUGCCAUUACAGUCGCGGAGCACAAGAACUGGUUAUCGAGUUUUCUGAGAAAAUAAUUCACAGUGACGUUUGAAGAGCACAGAAGGUUAUUUAAGACAAAUCUAUCACCGCUCUUUAACACAUCUGGACGGAAACACAUACCAAUACAGGUAUUUAGAUGCUGUCAUAAAUGACAAAUGCCCAUUUUAUAUCCUGCCAAAAUUACAUAAACCCAUUAUCUUGUGUCGGGGGAAAAAUACAUAUAGUUUUUAUGUUGAAUUAAUUUGGACAUAAACAACUGGCUGAGAUGAUGAAUUUCUCUUCACGCUUUUAGCAUGGUUUAAGUUGAAAGAUGACUGAAAAAUACACUACCAGUCAAAAGAUCUUGCGGUAUCCUCUGGUUUAGUUGGUCAAGGUUUCAUCCUACAGCAAGAUAAUGAACUUUAGUCCAAGCUAAACGAGAACUACCUCAGGAUACAAAGAAGAUGGAAAGAUGGAAAAUAUGGAGUGGACCUUUAACCCCAUGGAGCUGGUUUGUGAUACAAGUUCCACACAUUUCUGGAAACUUCUGCAACAACAACAACAAAAAAAGAUUUCUAUUUUAGAAAGAAAGAAGGUAACAAGUGUGUUCACAUGUUAAAUCAGCCACAUAUAGCUACUGUGAUGAGUUUAGAGCAUAUUUCAGGUUAUAUAUUGAUUCCAUGAUUUUUUUUUUACUUCAGUGGUUUAUUUGGUCUAAAUGAGACAUUAAACUGCAAAUAUUUCAAUAAAAAAAGAAAGAAAUACUGGAGUGUUUUUAACCUUUGACUGGUAGUGUAUAUUCAGGUCAGGUCACUUCAGAAAACUUUAUUUAUCACAUGUGGGCCCCUCAGUUUACAGCUCCCAGCACAAUAAAACAAUCACUAAAACCGUGUGCAUGUGCAAACAUGCAAACUAAGUAAUAUAUGUUGGUUGCAAACCACCAGUAAAAUAUGUGGUGCUUAAUUUGAAUGACCUAAAACAGAAUUCAUCAUUUGCGCCAGUGACACAGUACAUUAAAGAUUUGUGAUCAGAGCGAGAGGAUUACACCCAGAUGUGUGAUGAAGAAUCUUUGUGGAAUCUGGAUAAAUCUCCAAAGCCGCAGUAACAUCCAUUAAACAACCUUCUGUUGCCUUUCAAACAUUUUCACUUUUCAGGAAACCGACCCAUAGCGUCUGUGUCUCAGGUGUAAUGGUAAAGCAAAAAGAGGCCCGAGUUCACGCGCUUUGACCACUUCGCACCACUUGCCUUUCAGUCUGCAUUGUGCCAUUGCCACGAUGGCAACAACACUCACGACAGUGCAUUGCCUUAAAGCUUAAUGUAGCCGAUCCAUCACCAGUAGAAACCUCCACUGGUUAGUGAUUCACUCUGUACAUUAUGUAAAGACAUAGUAUUUUCUGACUAUCAAUAUGUUUACAUGGCUUAAAUAAAUAAAAAAAUGAAUAAAUGAAGGGGAUUAGAGUGAAGUAUGAACCUUAUAAACACAGAUGUUUUAAAACAGACGGCUGAGAGUCACGGUGUGGCAGGGUGUUGGCAUGCCAUGGAUGUCUUCCUGUUCCCUGUAAUGCAAAUGAAGCUGAUGGAGCGAUGACACAAAAGGCUCAGUGUGACACGCAACUGUGUGUGUGUGUGUGGCCCUGCACAUUGCCUAAAUAUAGAUCCCCUAUCGCAGAGUGUGGAGAAAACGGACGUAAUGCAGGACUGGGAUGUCUGUUUGCAAGCAUUUCCAAGUUGGCAUCAAUUAAUGUUAAGUAGAGUUUGUAUCUGUAAAGGUUCAAUCUGAAACGUGCAGGUUUGAUCAUAUGUAAUUGACAUUUCUGACUCAAUAACACAAACAGGGAAAUAAUAAUAAUAAAAAGAACUUUGCUCUUUGACCUGUGUAGCCAUUCAGGGCUCUAUCUUUCAUAAACAAUCAAUAAAGUUUGUCUUCAGGACAUUUAAAUGACCAGAUAAGAGCAUAAACCAUGUCUCUCUUGAAGUCCAUCAAACCUAAGGGGACAGAUAACACUUGUUUUGUCUAACCACAUCUGAGAAAUGUGGCAGAUUAUUAUUAACACUGCUUAUCAAUUUGUCAUUUCAGCACUUAAUUAAGAAAAGCCCCUGCUUGUCAACCUCUACUCCCAUUUUAGAUCCAGUCUUUUAACAUCUAUAAACCUCCCAAACUAAAAAAAUGACAACUUUAAAGAUGAGUCUUCAGUUGUGCUGUGGACGUUUUGUUCUUUCUGAGGUUCGAUGUAAACUUCACAUCAUAAACCGACCCUUUUUAAAAAGAGGAAACGCUAUUUAUGCCGCGACCCAAUCAGCUGUGUGGAUGCAUUUCCCCGAGAACGGUUUGUUUUUCCUCCUCCUUCGUGUGUCCCACAAUGCACCCUGCCGCCUUUCUCAUUUUAACAGCUCUGAACAUCACAAUGGGCGCCCUUUGCACUGCAUGUCGCCGGUUUACAGCUGUAGAAUUUGAAUCCCGCCCCGCCCCCUUUUUCACCACAGCUUCCUCGUUGCGGGAUGGUCGCCAUAGUGACGGUCCACGCUUCGGUUGCCAGUAUGAAGUGAAGGCCUUGUAAACCCAAAAAGGUCAACACGGUCUGCAAACUGCUGUCCUGCUACAGCCGCCACCAAAGUUUAAAAGGCAUCUGUGUGUGUUCUGCGACUUUAUUCUACCUUCAGCUUAUUCAGCUUUUUUUUUACAUCUCAGACAAACAUACUGAUUCUGUAGCACCUUCAACUGUGUCUUUCACCGAAUGAUUAAAUGUGUCUUACUGUAGUGUCCAUUGUCUUUUAUACAACUCCGGAAAGGAGCGGCUAGAUAUGGCAGGGGGCUUUUUCUCUUCUUUUUUUUUUCGAUGACAUGGUGAUGUGUCUUCUGUUUUCAUGAGGCUGAGGCAAAUAGGUGCUCUGUGCUGCAAGAAAGAAAAGACUGAUCAAUACCUUUGUGCAAAUUAUCACCUCUGAUCAGACCAAUGACGGGUUGUGAUGGUCUGCACAUCUGCAGUUUCUGUUUCUGAUGAUGACGUCAAAUAAAUAAAAUAAAAUCA